AUGCUGCUGCUGCUGCUGCUGCUGCUGCUCCUGCUAGGACCCGGACCCCGAGUCAGCGAGGCAACCAGAAGGUCACAUGUGUACAAGCGUGGGCUCCUGGAACUGGCAGGGACCUUGGAUUGUGUUGGUCCUCGAUCACCAAUGGCCUACAUGAACUAUGGCUGUUAUUGUGGCUUGGGUGGCCAUGGAGAGCCACGUGAUGCCAUUGACUGGUGCUGCCAGCAUCAUGACUGCUGCUACUCUCAAGCUCAGGAAGCUGGCUGCAGUCCCAAAAUAGACCGCUAUGUGUGGAAAUGCAUUGAUCACCGCAUCCACUGUGGACCCGCAGAGAACAAAUGCCAAGAAGUCCUGUGCAAGUGUGACGAGGAGCUUGCAUACUGCCUCGCUGGGACAGAGUACCACCUGAAAUACCUCUUCUACCCCUCGCUUUUAUGUGGAAAGGACUCACCCAAGUGCCACUGACAGGCUGGUCUUGAAAUGUUCGUUUGCCCACAGAAAUGAACAACAGCAUUCAAUUUCUGCAGGAGGUAGUGGGAGCCAAGUGGUAAAGCCUCAUGCUUGCUUUCUCCCUCCAUUCAGGAACUCAGGAGUGUGAGCCUGUGGAGCUGUAGUUUGAUAAGAGCUGAAAGUCUUGGUCUGUUUCAUACAACUCCCAUUGUGCUGGGCUGGGCCAUGUGCUGUCUUCUAAUCACUGUUGGUGGCUGGUGGUCAGUGGGAAUGAACUCCUGCUCGAGGCCUGGCUGUAAGAAGAUUGCUGCAUGGUACACCUAGAAAUUGUUACUGUAAUAAAAA